CUGGAGGAUAUGAAAUGGUCAGACGGAGGCGAAGUUACGGAAACCAAGAGAAAGGAGAGUCUAUCGUUAUAGUUGGACGUUUAAGUUGUGUGCCAUGACAUGCGUGCAAUUACUUAAAGAAGCCUGGUGUGGUAGACUGCCAACUUGACACUGAUUAAGGCAAGUGACUUUGGCUUAAUGUGAAGAAGUGAGCACUUGCUUCCAAAACUGUCAGCCUGCUGCAAACAAUUUGACAAAGGUUGGUAACCCAGCUCCUGCAGCCCUCUCCUCUUCCCUUGAUAAGUGGUGGGGACUCAGCUCUGGACUGCUUGCUGCAAGACCCUUUUCUAGCUGCCACGUGUUGCUUGUGGAAUCCUGUUUCUCCCCUGCUUCCUGUCCAUGGUCAGAUGAGAAUAAAGUCUUCUCUCCUGUACUCUACCCCAAUCCUUAUCUCUCCUGGCAUCUCACACCUGUACCCACACAAAUAGUUUCUUUACUUACCUCUUUCACAAAUCUUAGGCUUCAAGAACUAGUUUGAAUUUAUUAGUGGGAAACUUGUGAACCCCCUUGGAACCCUAGGAGUGAGUCUUUCCUUUGAACUACAAUACAUCCAGCAAUAUGUCCAUGUCCAGCCUGUUCUCCUUCACAAGCCCAGCUGUGAAACGUCUUCUUGGCUGGAAGCAGGGAGAUGAAGAGGAGAAAUGGGCAGAAAAAGCUGUGGAUGCCCUAGUGAAAAAGCUGAAGAAGAAGAAAGGAGCCAUGGAGGACCUUGAGAAAGCUCUGAGCUGCCCCGGGCAGCCCAGCAAGUGUGUCACGAUUCCAAGGUCAUUGGAUGGUAGGCUACAGGUUUCUCAUAGGAAAGGUCUGCCUCAUGUAAUCUACUGCAGAGUAUGGCGCUGGCCUGACCUCCAGUCCCACCAUGAACUUAAGCCUGUGGAACUGUGCGAAUACCCAUUUGGCUCAAAACAGAAGGAAGUGUGUAUCAACCCAUACCACUACAAACGAGUUGAGAGUCCUGUGCUCCCUCCUGUCCUGGUACCACGACACAGUGAGUUCAACCCUCAGCACAGCUUGCUGGUACAAUUCCGCAAUCUCACUCAUAAUGAGCCACACAUGCCACUCAACGCCACCUUUCCAGAAUCCUUCCAGCAACAACACAGUGGAAGCAGCAGCAGCAAUAGCGGAGGAGGUGGAGGCAGUUCUUUUGCCAUCUCUCCUAACUCACCAUACCCUCCUUCACCAGCCAGCAGUGGUACUUAUCCAAACUCUCCUGCCAGCUCAGGGCCCUCCAGUCCAUUCCAGCUUCCAGCUGACACCCCACCACCUGCCUACAUGCCCCCUGAUGAACACCAGGGCCAGGAGAGCCAAUCCAUGGAAACAAGUAGCACCCUGAUUCCGCAGACCAUCACCAGAGGAGAUGUGCAACCAGUUGAGUAUGAAGAGCCAAGCCACUGGUGCUCUAUUGUCUACUAUGAACUCAACAAUCGUGUAGGUGAGGCUUACCAUGCCUCUUCAACUAGUGUGCUGGUGGAUGGCUUCACUGACCCUUCAAACAAUAAGAACCGUUUUUGCCUGGGACUUCUUUCCAAUGUCAACCGCAAUUCUACAAUUGAGAAUACUCGCAGACACAUUGGCAAAGGAGUGCACCUGUACUAUGUGGGAGGUGAGGUGUAUGCAGAAUGCCUCAGUGACACCAGCAUUUUUGUCCAGAGCCGAAACUGUAAUUACCACCAUGGCUUUCAUCCCACCACUGUUUGCAAGAUCCCUAGUGGCUGCAGCCUUAAGAUUUUUAACAACCAGGAGUUUGCUCAGCUUUUGGCUCAGUCGGUCAACCACGGGUUUGAGGCUGUAUAUGAGCUUACCAAGAUGUGUACCAUUAGGAUGAGCUUUGUCAAGGGUUGGGGUGCUGAAUAUCAUAGACAGGACGUCACCAGCACACCUUGCUGGAUUGAAGUGCACUUGCAUGGACCCCUUCAGUGGCUGGACAAGGUGCUAACUCAAAUGGGUUCACCUCUCAACCCAAUCUCCUCUGUGUCCUAAUGAUGGUCAUGUGGUAGCUUUUGAAAGUCUUCUACUGUCUUGUUAAUUUUCUGUUCUUUAUUUCUGUGAUUUGUAAUUUAAGUUGCUCUUACAACUGUUUACACUCAACUUUGGGAAAGGAUAUUGAGCUGUGGCUGGAAAUUGAACAACAGGGAUCAUUUCUUCAGACAUAGUUGCAUCAAAAGCAAAUACCUUCGAAAAAAGAGGAGGAAAACAAAAGGCUUAAAAGUUGCCAUAUUUGUCACAAUACUGCUUUACUACAACAGGAAGAAGUGAGGGCAUAUUUGCAAGUGCUUGAGUACAAGUCCAAAAUAUCUUCUUGAAACAUAUUUUGUUUUCUCAAAUACUUAAUGCCUUUGUAAAUUAAGAUGAUAAUGAAGUAGACAUUUCAACACUGUGUCUAGUGUCCCAUAGGCAAAUUGGAUUUUUAAUUUUUAAAAAGUCUUUUUUUCCCAGUGUCAGGACAGUACAUGUAAAGAAAUAUACCUGUUUGUUAACCACUGUGCUCAGAUCUAGCUUUUUAUACUCUUUACUACUAGAAAUGAACACUGAGCUAUAUUCUGUUAGAGAUGGUUAAGUAUGCAAAACUAAUGGUUAUCAAAGUGGGAGAUAAAUCACUGAAAUAGUUUAACACACCAUAAGCUGACGGUGUUUUAAAUUUUCCAGCUAUUGGAUUAGUUGUAGUCUUUUCUGAUAUAAGACAAUGGACUUCAUGAUUGUUUCUUACCUGUGCUCUUGUUCAUGUACGAGCUACUAUUUUCAAUACUCGUAUUAAUAAUGUGCACUCGACUUUUUUUUCCUGAGGCAUCCUAAAUAUUGCUGUGUACAAGUUGAUAUGUUCAUGAAAAUUGGUAUUAGUGAAAAGAAAUAAAAAAGUUAUUUAGUAACAA